AUGUCUCCAAGCUAUAAAAUCGUCAACCAGGUGUUUGUGAUCGUCCUGGACGACCCACACACCAGAAACGCCCUCACCAUCCCCCAGUUUGUCCAGCUCGCCGAGCUGCUCGAGUUGGCGGACAAGCACCCGCACACAACAGCCACGCUUGUCGUGGGCAGGGGCCCGAUGUUCAGUGCGGGAGCCAACAUCAAGACGGUUGCCGAGCUGAAAAACAAGACCAGCAGUGAGAUCCUUAGCGAGAUCAGCGCGAAAAACCUGUAUCUAGUGCAUCUGUUCACGUCGCACCGCAAAUUGCUAGUGGUCGGGCUCAACGGGCCGGUGAUCGGGCUCACGGCGUCGCUCGUCGCUCUGGCAGACCUCGUGUACGCUCAGAACCAGAAGGUGUUUAUGUCGUUCCCCUUCACCAACAUCGGUCUCACCACGGAGUGCGCAGCAGCGGUGUCGCUGCCGCACCGGCUUGGACUGAGCACAGCUCUGGAACACGUGCUGCUGGCAAAACCACUAUCGGCAGCCAAGUUGCAUGAGCUCGGGCUUGUGAACAGAGUGUUCGAUCUGGACGACUGCGACGCAUUCAACGACCAGCUCGCAAACAUGCUGACUAAAGAGCUGGUCGGUCUCGACCGCGACACCAUUUUUGUCAACAAACGGCUCAUGCGCCACACGUUCGACACACAAGUGCGCGCGCAGGCGCUCCAGGAAACCAUGUCCGGCGUAGCAGAUUGGACGGCUAACAAACCGCAGACGGCGUUUGACGAGAUCGUGGCCGGUAAACGAAAGCACAAGCUAUGA